CUAGGUGAUUUUCCACCCAUUCUAUGGACGUUUGACGCACAUUCUUUAUGGCAUCUCGGAACCGUACCAUUGGCUUAUUCCUGGUACAGGUGGGGGUAGCAGCAUGUAUUCUCUUCCUCCCCUUUCUUGUUACUUGUUUUCGUGUAUGAUAAGAGACGACUUGAGACGUGUCAGGUCCUUCCCCACACUACUCCAGUGAGUACACACAAGAAAAUCAAAACGAAGUUGAGGCUUGUUUGCGUGGAGAAAUUGCGCAUGCCCACUUAGAAACUCUAGGGAGAAUGAGGACAAGCUUUAGGUGCAGUGUUUUCUGGGUUCGUUUGCAAUUGGUUGGCGUUAGUUAUGAUUGGCCGAUGGUAUUCAAGGCGAUCCAUAAAUAACGCUUGUCCACCCAGACGAUCAGAUCCCAGAAAUCGCCUCGCCGAAAGCUUGUACCUAUUUCUUUUAUAGUUUCUGAACGGGAAAUUUCAUGCUAAUCCGCUGUCUUUUGUUAACCCAAGCCCCCAGCUGAAUACGGGAAUGCAGGUGUACUCUUACCCACCGUAAAAAGAUUGAAAAUUUGACGUUUCUGAUAAAUUAAUUUUGUACCUCAGUUCGUAUAAACCAAACUUAGUCGACGGUCUAGCCGCCAAGUCUUUUCCGUACGUCAGCAGUCGGUGACUUAUCAUCACACUUUCGAGACAUUACAUACAUUGAUUCAUCUUUAUCAGUCUUUGAAAUAUCUUACUUUUUCAGCUUUCUGGCAGACGAUGCAAGGCAGGAACUUUCCAUGAAGGGAAAAUCUUGGAAGUUCUCCUGA